UAAGCAAGAUGAACUUCUUAAAAUCAAUCAGCAAGUUUCUACCAAGUAAAGAAGAGGUAGAGACAAAGCAGCCGACUCCUGCUCCUAGCAGUAGAGCAAGCAAUUCUUAUAAACAAAGUAUCAGAAAUAAAGAGGAAGAAACCCCAGGAGAAAAUCUUUCACGCCCAAGUGUCAAGAUUGAUCUCUCUGGUCCUGGAGGAAUGGGCAUAGAAUCUGAUCUUGACGAUGGACUUGAGGGAGAGUCUUUUGAAGAUGAGUCUUUCGAGGAUGAGUCUUUUGAAGAUUCCUUCGAAGAAGAUGACAACGCUAGCAUAAACCAAUCUGAAGCUGAGAAAGGAACAACUAAAACCGGUAAUAAUUCAAAGAAUGAAGUAUUUUCUUACAACAGACAACUUGCGUACCUCAAAAUAGAUAAAUUUGCAAGGAAAUAAACUCUAUCAAAAGGACCAUAAAAAGAGUAGUUCAGCUCUUGAUGACUUAAGCUCGCCAGUAAAAUCGAAAUUACAGAUGAAUCAAGACAAUAGUUCUGCUCAAGACAAAAGCUCUAGUGAUAAGAAUGAUCACUCACCAAAAGAUAGAUAUCUAAUCAAAGCUGACGUAUCUGAAGAGCCUACUCCGAAAAUUUAUGAUAGGAUGGCUUAUAGAUCACAGAGGCGUGACCCUCAUGAUUCUUUUCCUUCAAUGUUUUCACAACAAAGUAGAAAAUUUAGGAAACCUAAAGAAGAGAAGGCACUCCAAUCCACAGAAGAAGAUAAAGAAGAGGAAUAUGAUGACGGCUUUAAUAAGCAACUCUGGCAAGACCUCGAAUGAGUAAGACACCACUCAGAAUACUUCGAAAUAUGAAGAUUCAUAUUAUCAGUCUUUGAGAAGUUUAUUACUUUGAAGAAAGCCUCUCUCCAAAUAGACUAUUGCGAUACCAAACUCAGAAGAAAAGGAGUGAAAGAAGCCGAAAUUGACAUGUUUGAAGAAGAGUUUCCAGAAGAAGAUGUGGAAAAGAUUAUGUCAUAUGCAUUUGACCAAAACGAAAAUGCUACAAAGACAAGAUCUGAUACCAAGACCUUCUAUGAGAAUACUCUCAGACUUCAGUCUACUAUAGGAGAUGAAGAUGCCAAAAGCCUUCCAGAGAUCACUCUGAAUGACGAAGAGAAAGAUAUGCUAGUUCUUGAAUAUAAGCUAGACCUCCAAGAGUUUGAUUCCGCAGAUCACUACAAGAUUGAUUACGAAACCUUGGAUUUGGAAAAAGAUACAAAGUUUUCAGAUGCUUAUUCAGACUCAAAGUCUCUUUCAAAAUAAAACUCUCAAACUCAAGAAAGAAACAGUUCCUGACUAUGAAGGGCCAGAAGACAGUGAAACUGCUCGCAGAUACUAUGAUCUGAAUCCUAAAGAAUUCCUGUUCUCUGACUUGGCCACCAAUCUAAUUAUAGCAGAUGAGAGCACUGAUCUUGGAAUCUUCCAUAAACCAACUUACCAAGAAGUCAUGAAAAAGUAUUCCAGAGGAAAUAAAGAGAAGAGUAAUAAAAUGAUUAAUUCAAACAAACCUUCCCUGGCAGCAAAAGUCGAUGAUAAGCCUAUUAAUCCAGCUAUGUUAGGGAAUUUUGAGUCUAGAUUUGGCAAAAGAUAAAACCCGGGUACCACAAGCG